AUGAAUAGUCAAAAUAAUCUUUCAACAUCAAUUGGUAUUUCGAACAUAAUCAGUGAUAAGUCAUCAAGUAUUACAACAGAUGAUUGUUCAUAUUAUGGUCGAUUGAAUACAACAGGUUUUGGUUUUAUUCGAUCUUAUGAAGGAAUUCCAGAAAAUAUUAUUGUGAAUCUUAUCGUUACAGCGAUUCUUUUAUUACUUUUUGUUUAUUUACGACGUCGUUUUUCUGAUGCGAAAAACAUUAAUGAUGGAACUGAAAUAUCAACUUUACUCUAUGGACGAAGUAAUUCAUCUCGAAAUUUGCCUCGUAAUGUAAGUUAUCUAUUAUAUUGUAUAUUGUGUCAUAUAAGUUGCUUUUCGUAUGCAUCAUAUACACAUAAAAAAUGAAUAGAUGCUUAUAAGUUUGCAUAUAUGUUUAUUUUAUUUUUUUCAUUUUCAAAUAGGACAAAGAAUCAUGUUUUCAUCGAUAUUCUGUGGUAAAAAACUAAUAUAGAAAAUAGACUUGCUUAUUUCUUUUU